AUAGCACGCUCUUUCUUCUGCACCUUGACAUCUUCUCACCCUGGUUGAUAUUUUCUACUGCGAAGCUCUAGUAUACACUGUGCUUUGAUCGUUCAUAACUUCCUUUGCGGUCACCUUUGAAAUACACCCUUCAUUAUGAACCCUGAAUACGAUUAUCUCUUCAAGCUCCUGCUCAUCGGAGAUUCCGGUGUUGGGAAAUCGUGCUUGUUGCUUCGAUUUGCUGAUGAUACAUACACGGAAAGCUAUAUCUCUACUAUCGGAGUCGACUUCAAAAUCCGAACAAUCGAACUCGAUGGCAAAACAGUGAAGCUGCAGAUCUGGGACACGGCUGGUCAAGAACGAUUUAGAACCAUUACAUCUUCCUAUUAUAGAGGCGCUCACGGUAUCUGCGUCGUUUAUGAUGUUACGGAUAUGGAUUCUUUCAAUAACGUGAAGCAGUGGCUUCAGGAAAUUGAUCGUUACGCGACUGAAGGAGUCAACAAGCUUCUUGUUGGUAACAAGAGCGAUAUGGAAGACAAGAAAGCCGUCGAAUACACAGUUGCAAAAGAAUUCGCUGACAGCCUUGGUAUCCCGUUCCUCGAAACUUCCGCCAAAAAUGCCUCCAACGUCGAACAGGCUUUUUUGACCAUGGCUCGACAGAUCAAGGAACGCAUGGGAACUGCUACAGUGAACAACAAGCCCACUGUCCAAGUUGGUCAGGGCCAAGGAGUUCAAUCAGGGUCUGCUGGCGGAUGCUGCUAAAUUAAUCAGAUGAAUACUUCCGAAAUGCCUCUCAAUGUGUGCCAUGCUCUUCCUCUGGUGUGAAUUGAUUUCAUGAAGGCUGGUGUCAACAGUGGGUCGUUUGUUAAAUGGGUUGUCAAUUUGGGCUUGUUUUUCAUAUCUGUUUGCGCCCAUGACAGCUUCAUGAAAAACUAAUGUCACGCCCCAACAGUUAUGUUACGUAUCCCUACAUUUUUUCUAUGUCAAGAUUAUUCCUCUUGUCUUCCCCUCGAUCUUGUUUUUAGAAUGGGUCUGUCCUUGUUUUCCCUUUCAUAUGUUUUGAUGUCAGUGUAACUUGUUUCCUUACCAUCAUCGACCUGUUUCCUAAUACAAUCACAUUGCCUGGUCUCCUUAUUCCAGAAAAAUUCGAUGGGCCAUGGCUGUUAUUAACUGGCUAUGUGCAGCCUUUUGUCUUCCGCAGCCUCCUCUUUCACUCAUUAAUAUGGCAUGGUAUUUGUUAGGCCAGCAGUGUGGUUUAUGCUUGCAGCACAUGCUUCAAAUCAACUUUAAGACACAGACGCA